CAAAUUAUUACCUCUAGCAAUGGGUAUGCCGCCCAAUCACCACCACGUUAAUGGCACCCUCCACCACCCCACACCGCCACCCUUCUAACCUCCCUACCAUCCGCACCUCCGUCUCCUGGCUCCUCCUUUCCUUGUUCUUCGUCUACAUCCUCUACUAUUCCACCGUCCUCUUCGAACCCGCCCCCACCGCCACCAACUCCGGCAACCACUUCUCAACCACCGAAAACCUCAAAAGCAACACCACCACAUCUGAAUCUGUACUCCGGUUUGACACCGAACUCAAACACAUCGCGUUCGGCAUCGCCGCAUCUUCCCGGUUAUGGCGGUCCCGGAAAGAGUACCUCAAGCUAUGGUGGCGGCGGGGGGAGACCAGAGGGGUUGUUUGGCUAGACAAACGUGUAAAAACCACAGAAAACGAAAACCUACCGGACAUCCACAUCUCCGGCGACACCUCAAAGUUUCCGUACACAAACCCAGAUGGUUUCAGAUCCGCGAUACGUAUUUCCAGAGUGGUGUCGGAGACGCUCCGGUUGGGUAUGGAGAAUGUACGGUGGUUUGUGAUGGGAGACGACGACACUGUAUUCGUCGUUGAAAACUUAGUGAGAAUUUUAUCUAAAUACGACCAUAAUCAAUUUUAUUACAUCGGAACGACGUCAGAAAGUCAUUUCCAAAACAUAUUGUUUUCAUAUGGGAUGGCGUAUGGCGGCGGUGGGUUCGCCAUCAGCUACCCAUUGGCGGUGGAGUUAGAAAAGAUGCAGGACAGGUGUCUACAAAGAUACCCUGGGUACUACGGGAGUGACGACAGAAUGCACGCGUGUAUGGCUGAACUAAAUAUCCCACUCACAAAAGAACCCGGAUUCCACCAGUAUGAUGUGCAUGGGAAUCUGUUAGGUCUAUUAUCAGCGCACCCAGUAACACCAUUAGUCUCACUCCACCACCUCGAUUUUGUUGACCCGAUAUUCCCGGGAAUGCCGAGAUCCCUAGGAAUCAAACAUUUACUGGAAUCAGCAAAAUUCGAUUCCGCUAGUGUCAUACAGCAAUCCAUUUGCUAUGAGAAGAAAAGGGAAUGGUCGAUUCUGGUGUCAUGGGGUUUUGCAGUUCAAAUUGUAAGGGGGAUUCUAUCACCUAGAGAGCUUGAAACACCUACUCGCACGUUUCUAAAUUGGCACAAAAAGCUUGAUUAUACAGCUUAUGCGUUCAAUACUAGGCCAUUUGCAAGGAACCCAUGUCAGAAGCCUUUUGUGUAUUACAUGAGUUCAACGAGGUAUGAUAAAGAAAGGGGGAGAAUAAUUGGGAUUUAUACUCUUCAUAAAGAGCGUUACCCUUUUUGUAAAUGGAAAAUGGAAUCCCCUGAAACGAUUGAUACUAUUGUGGUGUUAAAGAAGGAAGAUAGUCUUCGUUGGACAAGGGCACCAAGAAAGGAUUGCUGUAGAGUCUUGCCAGCUAAUAAGAAAGGGAUUUUAUAUUUGUGGGUUGGUAAUUGUCAUGAAAAUGAGGUUGUUGAGUUGUAGACUAUUUACAAAGGAUGCCCUAGUUUUCUAGAAACAUAUUCAUCAUCAGACUAUGAAAAGAAAUAUUGAUUGAUCAAUGUAGGAAUAUUUUAGAAAAUUUAUCUUUCUCAUUUGGUGUGUAAACUUUAGAUCAAACUUUUUGUAUUAUACCUACG